CUUACUCUGUCAAUGGCUACCAGCAACAAGAGCAAACUAGCUACAACUGAAACUACUCUCCGAUUUGUUCCCUAGAACAGAACUAGGGUUCUCAGACGAACCCGGUUGACAUUUUCGCAUAAUUAAGAGAAAAAGCGAAGAACUUUAGAUUUAGAAAGCGUUGGGGUUGUCGGAAAUUGUUCGGAAUGGAAAGCGGCAAUAGUACUGGCAGCAGCUUGGAGCAGACGUUGCAGGACGGGAGGCUGUACCGUCAGGUGAAUGCUUUAAUCGUUGCUCAUCUCCGCGACAACAAUCUCAAUCAGGCAGCAAGUGCAGUUGCCUCAGCUACAAUGACGCCAUUGAAUGUUGAAGCUCCUCUGAACAAGCUUCUUGAACUGGUCGCUAAGGGUCUUGCAGUUGAGAAAGAUGAGAUUUUAAGAGGGGUUCCUUCACCUGCAUUGUUUGAUUCAGGUGCAGCAAUACCCACAGGAUAUGGUUCAAUACCAGCUACUCGCACUGUUGCUGUUGAUUUCAGUGCUGUUCAUGAUACAAAAGGCUUAUCAAAGAGCUUCCGGAAGCAUGAGACACGACAUGUUUCAGAGCACAAGAAUGUUGCCAGAUGUGCUAGAUUCAGUCCUGAUGGAAGGUUUCUUGCAACAGGGAGUGCAGACACAUCCAUUAAGCUCUUUGAGAUAGCAAAAAUCAAACAAAUGAUGCUGCCUGAUGCAAGGGAUGGUCCUAUUCGACCUGUCAUACGAACAUUUUAUGACCAUUUACAGCCCAUAAAUGAUUUGGAUUUUCAUCCUCAAAAUACUGUGCUGAUAACUGGAGCCAAAGAUCACACAAUAAAGUUUUUUGAUUUUUCAAAAACAGUAGCAAAAAGAGCUUUCAAAGUUAUCCAGGAUACUCACAAUGUGCGAUCUGUAUGUUUUCAUCCCUCUGGAGAGUUUGUUUUGGCAGGCACUGAUCAUCCUGUUGCACACUUGUAUGAUGUGAAUACUUUCCAGUGUUACCUAUCAGCAAAUGUCCAAGAAAUUGGCACUGAUGUAGCGAUAAAUCAGGUGAGAUAUUCUCCAACUGGUGGCAUGUAUGUGACAGCUUCUAAAGAUGGUGCUAUUCGGAUCUGGGAUGGAGUGACAGCCACUUGUGUACGUCCAAUAAUUGGUGCCCAUGGUACAACAGAGGCCAUCAGCGCCCAUUUUACAAAGGACCAAAGGUAUGUUCUCUCCUCUGGGAAGGACUCUACCGUGAAGCUGUGGGAAGUUGGCACUGGAAGAUUGGUCAAACAAUAUCUUGGAGCUACACAUACCGUGUUACGAUGUCAGGCUGUGUUCAAUGAUACAGAAGAAUUUGUAAUAUCCAUAGAUGAGCCCAGCAAUGAGAUCGUCGUCUGGGAUGCCUUGACAGCAGAAAAAGUGGCACGGUGGCCGUCCAACCACAUCGGUGCACCCCGCUGGCUUGAACACUCCCCGACAGAAGCAGCGUUCGUUUCCUGUGGGAACGACAGGUCAGUUCGGUUCUGGAAGGAACUUAUUUAGACGCAUCCAAAACGAAGCUUGCAAGCCUUGCAUCUCUCUCUCUCUCUCAGAGUCCACGCAUGCAUGCACCAUACAACAAUUUAGCAGUGGUUUCAACAAUUCCUUCCUUGUGGGUUAUUAUUCUGUGCCUGGAUUUGGAACCCCCCCCCCCCGGCCUUAUUUGAUCAAUU